AAGGGAGAGGAGAGGGAGGCGCGGCGGCGCGCACAGCCAUCGCCGGGAGGAGGAGGAGGGAGAGAGAGAGCGGGAGAGAGCAAGAGACGGCGGCGAGAGCAAGGCAAGCGCUUGGAAGCGGCGCGGCGGGAAAAGCAGCGGGGGCGGGAGGCACCUCCCUCCCUCCUUCCUUCCUUCCCUCUCAGGUGGCAUAGCAUCCCGGGCCCCGCCGGCCGGCCGGCUCCUUCCCCGUCCGUCUAUGUCUUUUUCUGAUUCCAGCGCAACCUUCCUGCUCAACGAGGGCUCAGCUGAUUCCUACACCAGCCGCCCAUCGUUGGACUCUGACGUGUCGCUAGAGGAAGACCGCGAGGGUGGGAAGCGAGAAGUGGAGAACCAAGCCCAGCAGCAACUUGAGAAAGCCAAGCACAAGCCAGUCGCGUUUGCUGUUCGUACCAAUGUCAGCUACUGUGGUACACUGGAUGAGGAAUGUCCUGUGCAUGAAUCUGCCAUCAACUUUGAAGCCAAAGACUUCUUGCACAUCAAAGAGAAGUACAGCAAUGACUGGUGGAUCGGGCGGUUAGUGAAGGAAGGGGGAGACAUCGCCUUCAUCCCCAGCCCGCAGCGGCUGGAGGCCAUUCGGCUGAAGCAGGAGCAGAAAGCUAGGCAAUCUGGAAAUCCUGCCAUCAGCAACAGGCGAUCGCCUCCCCCAUCACUAGCUAAACAGAAGCAAAAGCAGGCGGAGCACAUCCCCCCAUAUGAUGUCGUGCCCUCCAUGCGGCCAGUGGUGCUGGUGGGGCCGUCGCUAAAAGGAUACGAGGUUACAGACAUGAUGCAGAAAGCUCUCUUUGACUUCCUCAAGCACAAAUUUGAUGGCAGGAUCUCCAUCACACGCGUCACAGCUGACCUGUCACUGGCCAAGCGCUCAGUGCUCAACAAUCCAGGCAAGCGGGCCAUCAUUGAGCGAUCCACAACCCGGUCCAGCAUCGCUGAAGUCCAGAGUGAGAUUGAGCGGAUUUUUGAACUGGCCAAAUCCCUGCAAUUGGUGGUGUUGGAUGCGGAUACCAUCAACCACCCUGCCCAGCUGGCCAAAACCUCACUGGCUCCCAUCAUUGUCUACGUCAAGGUCUCCUCCCCAAAGGUGCUGCAGCGACUUAUCAAGUCCAGAGGGAAAUCACAGGUGAAGCACCUCAACGUGCAGAUGAUGGCGGCAGACAAGCUUGUGCAAUGUCCUCCAGAACUCUUUGAUGUGAUCCUGGAUGAGAACCAGCUGGAGGAUGCUUGUGAACACCUGGCUGAGUACCUAGAGGUAUACUGGCGAGCAACCCACCACCCCACACACACUGUUGGUGGCCAGAACCUCAUGACACCUUCUACUGCCAUUCCAGGCCUGCAGAAUCAGGCCCCGUUGGGCAACGAGCACGGCAGUGAGUGCUCCCCGGUGGAGCAUGACAGCUUGAUGCAGUCAGACGAAGCCAGCAACGCUUCCCGCAAAACUUGGACGGCAGCAUCUCAGCGCAGCUCCCGGCACCUAGAGGAUGAAUAUUCAGAUGCCUACACUGACCUGUACCAGCCUCAUCGCAACCACAACAGCGGCCUCCACAGCACCAAUGGCCACGACUCACAGGACCGCCUCCUGGAGCGUGAGUCUGAGCACAACCACAAUGAGAGGAACUGGCAGCGCAACCGGCCCUGGGCCAAGGACAGCUACUAAGACCACCUGGCCAGGCACUUCCCACCCCUGGCCCAGGCAAUCAGGGAACAUAGGUCAAGGCUGCCGCUGCUGCCUCCGCCACCACCACCGCCACUACCACCACCUCUGCCUCCCGGGCUGAGUCAAUUGCCUGGUAUAAGCCUUCCUCUCUUUUCCCCUCCUAGCUCAGUAUACAGGUCCUGCCCCAGUAUACAGGUGCUAUCCAUGGAACCCCAGACACAGCCACAGCUGCCUGAUUCCUAUACACAGGAUGGGUGAAGCCUCUUGCCCACCUUUGUUUUGGGUUAUGAGGGCCACAGUAACGUUCUUGCAGGGUAAAUUCCAUUGGCAGCUUCUCAUCCCAGGUCCAUUGUUUUGGGGGAGGAGGAAUUUACAUAUCUGUAUCUCUAGGAGAGAGACACGCUGCGUGUGUGUGCGUGUGUAUAAGAGAGAGGGAAAGGGAGUGAGAGCGCUGUGAUUCUCUUUUUCUAAUUCCAGGAGAGCAGGGCUGCAUAUCGGGACAAAGGAGGUUUAGCAGCCAGCAACACUGGGCUCGGUUUUCCUGGUGAAUCUGAGUAGAUGGUUAAAAAGCAAAAGGCCCAGAGAGUUGGCUUUUCCUUCAUGAUAAAGACUUGAACGUCAGUCCCAUUCUUUGCUUUAGGCUAGUUCAGAAGUUACAUGAUGCAGUUGAUGAGGAACACGAAAGUGUCAGCUAUGGAAACUGCUGUGAUCUGUGAGUUGGUUUUCAGAUGGACAGCUGCGGUGAAUGAAAUCAUUACAUGUGUGGCACUGGUGUCUGUGCAGGUGCUUUGAUGCAUCAGAGACAGCAGCAAACAGCAGUUGAACUGUCCCUGGACUGAACCACUUUAGGUUGCACCAGGGGAAGGAUUGCAUAGCUGAACUUACCAGAAACAAAUUGUCCACAAGGCAGAGAAAGUUUGACUGAAGUGCUUCUACCUCACAUUUUGUUUUUGUGUGCAGGGAGCUUUUUAAAAAAUAUAGAUGCAGAAACAGUCAAUCAUGCGAUUCCCUUACCUAUAGCCUGAAGUGGUACAAUCCAGAAACAGUUCUUCCAUAUUUUCCUGUUUAUGGCAAUGGAGACAUGAGCCACGGGAUCAAGCUGUAGAUGACAAGUUGCCUGCUCCACACCCCUUAUCUGUGGCGUAUCAAAGCACUCACAUACAGUCACUGGUCCAAAAGAGGUUAACGCACAGCAGCUUUUCCACCUGAAGAUGUUCUCCUGAUGGAGGUGUAUGUUUUUGAACAUCAUUGCUCACAGAUGCUGCUGAGGCCAAUGAGAGGGCUCCAUGGCCUUCACCUUACACGGCUCCUAUGAAUGCAGAGAAAGAAUGUCUCCAUGUGCAAAGACAUGCUCCAAAAUAAUAUCGAAGCCACUCAGCAUGUCUUUCUUUUUCCCUCUGUCACUCCUGAUUUGGCUUCCGUGAAUUGGAAACCCUACUAAUUUUUAGGAGCCUAAGAGGCAAAUUGCACAUUUUACACACGCACAUGUAAAAGCCUGAUGGUUUAAAAAAAGUUUUAAUAAAAACAUUUGAGAGGGUGUGAUUUUGGAUAGGGGAGCAGCAAGCAAGAAGGGGUGCUCAAUCAUUUCCAAGCUGGCUCUACUCAAAAUACUCCUCCGGUUGCUUCUCUGCUUGAUGGAAGUCUGGAUCCAGUCGGUGGGGAGAGGGUGGCAUAUGAGGAAGCAUAUUUUUUUGGGGGGGGUGAUUUUGAGUAGCAAACAGACAGUGGAGAAAAGAUGAAGCACCCCCUUUCACCCCUGCUGUCCCUCUGCUCAAAAAUUUCAGCCUCCUCAGGCUGGGCAUAUAAUGUUCUAGUUUGCUCCUAAACACAGGAAAAAGCUUUGAAGGAAUGAACCAUCAUCUCCUUAAGAGUUAAUAGUCUAAGCCUGUGUUUGACCCCUCUCCCCCUUGCACAGACUCUUGUCUCCUUUCAAUGCACAGCCAUCCCUCUGGUGGGAUAACAGCAUUUGUAAAGCAACAACAUAAGAUUCUCCCCCCCCCCUCAAAUUCUCCAUCCUCCGAGUUCUCUGCUAUAAUUGUAUGAGGCCUUGAUCUUCCAUAUUCAGUCUGUCUGGGAGGGGUGGGGAAGGUGCUGGGUACCAGCCGGCUUUCCUGCUUGGCAGUAAUGCCUAUCAUCACAUUUGGAUUCUGUCUCGAGAAGGGAGGCACAGGGCUAGAGCCACCCCUCCAUUUCCUGCUUCCUGUUUCAUGCACAAAGUCCCCUACCUACCCCCACAGGCCCAGCUGACCUGCCUUCCCCUGCCCCCCAGACACCUCAACCACAUCACUGGGCCAUGGGUGGCAGCUCCCUGCCCUUCAAAAGCAUGUAUACACCUAUCAGAAAUCAGCCUGUAAAUACUGCACGCUACCAUCAGGGAGUUGUUUUGAGUGUCUAUCGAUUGCCCUGGACUGCCUGAAAGAGCUAAGGGAGUAGUGUCUUCCCCAUCCUCAGCUUAGGUGGCUCCAGGGGUCAGGGAGACUGGGUUCUGUCCCUGCAGUCGCUGUUCAGUUGGCCACAACAACAGCUUUGUUACUAUUCUUUUGUAGAGAGCACUUAUUUCCCUGACAACGUGUAAGCGGUUUGAAACAAGCAGUUGCUGUUUAUAGAA